CUGUUCUUUGCUCUGCUGGAGGCCAGCAUCAUCUUCAGGGGAGGGGGAAGCCACAGCCAGCGUGGUGCUGGGGGCAAGGAGCCAGCAGAGAGCCAGGUCCUGUGUUAGCACAGGCUGUGCCAUGGGCGAGUGUAUGGCCAGGCCCCCAUGGUGCUGGGAUGAGCCCUCUGACAGGGACUCACCAUACCCCCAUCCCUCCCAUUCUGCCUUGUCCUUCCCUCCUGGCUGCUCAGCUGGCACCGUUGGGUGCUGGGGGCUGAGGGGCUUCCCGGGGCAGGCAGAACCUGGGUACCAGCCAGCCCCACGUUCCCUGAGGGAGUCUGUCUGUCCGUCUGUCUCAUUGUGCAUCAGAUAUCUCAGAUAGCCCAUUCAAUUCACCCAUCUCAGCCCCGCUGCGGGAUCCUUCCAGUGUGGGGUGCUGGUGGCUGAUGUUCCCAUAUGCAGUGUGCAGUUACCCCCUGGUUUGGACAGGAGAGGAAGGGUGGGGAGCUUGGCAAAGCAGCAGCCUGCCUCCUCCUCUGCUCCCACCAGCUUUCCCGGGAGAACCCUGCUUCCAUACCUUUACCUUCUCUUGCAAAGGGUUCUCUGUUGCCAGUUGCUCACCAGCCAAAGCAGUUCAAAAGCUGGGGUUGCUCCUGGGAACUUCCAUCUCUUUGAUGGAGGGAUUCCAUUUGAAUGCAUGGUCACCUUGGGUUUCCCCAGGGAAGGGUUUCCUCAGGGUUGGGAGCUGGGGAUGAUACUUUCUGUGCCCUCCUCUUGCUGGGUUUGUUCCUCGUCAUGGCUUGGAGGAAUGGUGAAGGAAAUCAGGACCUCUACCCAUCUUCUGAGCUUCCCUCCAUGCUGUGUGCUUCCUGUGUCCCCUUCCUCCCCACUUUCACUCCCUGGCUGCGUUCCUUCCCCACAUAUCUGCUUUGUUCCGCUGGGAGAGUUAAACGCCUCCAGAGCCCGUGGCAGCAACCACAGUGUGAACAGCCUGCCAGGACCCUCUGCCUCCUGCAGCUCUGCACCGGGGUCUGUGGUCAGCUGGGCUGAAUCCUUCGAGACACUGCUGCAGGACCGCGUGGCCGUCACCUACUUCACUGAGUUCCUCAAGAAGGAGUUCAGCGCUGAAAAUGUCUACUUCUGGCAGGCAUGUGAGCACUUCCAGCAGAUCCCGGCCAGCGACACGCAGCAGCUGGCCCAGGAGGCACGGCGGAUCUACGAUGAGUUCCUCUCCAGCCACUCUAUCAGUCCUGUGAACAUCGACAAGCAGGCCUGGAUUGGGGAGGAGAUGCUGGCCACUCCCUCCCCAGACAUGUUUCGCACCCAGCAGCUCCAGAUCUUUAACCUGAUGAAGUUUGACAGCUACACACGGUUUGUGAAAUCCCCGCUCUACCAGGCCUGCCUGCGGGCAGAGAACCAGGGGCAGCCCCUGCCCGACCUGCGGCCCCACUCCCGCAGCAGCAGCCCCCCGCCCGACCUCAGCAAGAAAUCGAAGCUGAAGCUGGGCAAGUCCCUGCCUCUGGGUGUGGAGACGGCAGGCAGUGGUGCCAACCGCAGUCCCCGCCGGUCCUUCAGGAAAGGAGAGCGGCGGGAGCCCUCCUGGGCAGACAGGGGAGAAGGCGGUGGGAGCACCAUGCUGUGGCGGGAGUCCCAGGGCUCGCUCAACUCCUCGGCCAGCCUGGACCUGGGCUUCUUGUCCUCGGGAAGCACAGCCCCCAGCCCCUGGACAGAGGGCCAUCGGAAGAGUCUGGGGGGCAGUGAGGCAGAGCUGCCGGCCAAGCCCAUGAAGUACUGCUGCGUGUACCUGCCCGAUGGCACAGCCUCGCUGGCCUCCAUCCGGCCCGGCCACUCCAUCCGCGACAUGCUGGCAGGGAUAUGUGAGAAACGUGGCUUCAGCCUCCCUGACAUCAAGGUCUACCUGGUGGGGAAUGAGCAGAAGGCGCUGGUGCUGGACCAGGAGUGCUCCGUGUUGGCAGACCAGGAGGUGAAGCUUGAAAACAGGAUAAGCUUUGACCUGGAAAUCUCCUCCCUCAAGAAGACCAUCCGCAUCACGGCGAAGUCAACCAAGCGCAUCCGGGAAGCGCUGCAGCCUGUGCUGGGGAAGUACGGUGUGAGCGUGGAGCUGGCACUGCUGCGGAGGCAAGGUGAGCCAGCUGCCCUGGACCUGGAGAAGCUGGUCAGCACAGUGGCUGCUCAGAAACUUGUCCUGGAAACUCCAGCAGACAUGCGAGUGACAGAGAGCGCUGCGGCUGCCCCCUCCCCGCUCAGGAGCGAGGAGGGAAGCCCAACAGGAGAAGAGCCUGACAAGCUGUGGGAGAUGCCCUCCUCCUUCUCCCAGCCCCGUUCUUCAGCUGCCACGAACCUGAACCGCCGCACAUACGACCUGGAAGGGCUUGUGGAGCUGCUGAACCGUGCCCAGAGCUGCCGGGCCAAUGACCAGCGUGGGCUGCUCUCCAAGGAGGACCUGGUCCUGCCUGACUUCCUCCAGCUCCCUGAGCAGGACGGCAGUGCCUGCAAGGGGCCGGAUUGCCCAGGCUCGGAGGGGAACAGCCAUCCCCAGCCCGCAGAGCCCGCCCCAGCUCAGCCUCCAGUUGACCAUGAGCUCCGAUGAGUCCUGCUGCAUGUCCGCACCCGGUGUGUGGUGCCCUCAGGCCAUGCCGGGGUUCAACAUGGGCCCAACUGGCCUCUGCCCUGCACUGCUGACACUGCCCGGACCACAGAUCCAUCCACGUCCUGCCCCAAACUGUCGUGUCGUGUCACUGUGAGUGGUUGAGCAGCUGCCAUUGCCCCUCAGCAGGUCACAUCCUGGUGCACGUCAAGGGAGUCCUGUACAUAGUUGGAACCCCUGUUGCAAAGCACUUUGCAAUGUCCCACGUCCUGCCCAGUGCCUCUGCCUGUGGCAGAGCCUCCUGCCCAGCAAAUCCUGCCUGUGCUGGGCUGGCACAGCCCCGCUGACUGUUUGGCACCCUUCUAACCUAAAGGUGUGCAGGAUAGGGAGGGUGGCAAGGCAGGGUCCAGCCCCAGACCUCAGUGCUGUGGGCAAGCAUGGGCAGGAGAACAGUGUCCAGAGCUGAGGGCCGGAUCCAGUCCCUGACCCCACAGGAACGGGGAUUCCCUGUUGUUGAUGUGCAUGGCCCUGCAGGCCCUGCACAGCAGGUUGUUACCUUCCACACUGUGUGAGUGUGGCUGGGCCUGAUCCUGCCACAAUAGCACUGCUGUGCAGCAAGGCGCCUGGUUCCUGCCCCACGCAGACAGAGGCAGAGCCAGCAGGUUGUGCCAAAGAAGCCUUCCUCCUCCCUGCAGGGAGACCCCUGUGGUGGUAGCUGCUGAAGUGACCCACAGGAGCAGAUCCUUGUAGAUCCCCUGCCCCAGCCUGGUCAGGGCUGGGGGUGUUCAGCUCUCUAGUGCCAGAGGGAUGCAGCUCCCCUGAGUGUUGAGCACCUCAGCCUGGUGUGCAGGUACCCAGCGUGUGCCCAGCCUGUCACCUCUGCCAGUGGCUGUGCUGGGCUGGAACCUUGAGCCCAGCUCUGCCAGACCUGGCUGUGCCCUGCGGGUCCCCAUCCCCAGCAGUCCCAUAUCCCCAGAGGUCCCAGAUCCAGUCUGUGAUGGAGACCGCCCCCCAGCAACAGCCAAGUGAUCCCUCCAUCGUCCUCACGUGCUGGGGCCCUGCCUGGCUGUGCUGUGGGUCACCGCUCUGCCACCACUGCCCGGCCAGAGGCAGAGGGUGACCCAGGGCAGCCUGGAGCUCACCCAGGGACAGGGGCCAUGGCCACCCAGCCCCACGCUGCCAUGGCCAGCUGCAGCCCUGCAGCCCUGGUCAGAGCCCCGCUGUGUCUCUGUGGUGCUGCUCAGUCCCAUCUGUGGUGUGAAACCAGGGGAAAUAAAGAGCAUUGCCUUGA